AUGUCUUGCUGUUGUGUUCCCCGCUGCUGCUGCAGUGUCCCCACUGGCCCUGCCACCACCAUCUGCUCCUCCGACAAGUGCUGCAGGUGUGGAGUCUGCCUGCCCAGCACCUGCCCACACACCACCUGGCUCCUGGAGCCCACCUGCUGUGACAACUGCCCACCUCCCUGCCACAUCCCUCAGCCCUGUGUGCCCACCUGCUUCCUGCUCAACUCCUGCCAGCCCACAUCAGGUCUGGAGAGCAUCAACCUCACAACCUACACUCAGCCAGGCUGUCAAGAUCCCUGCACCCCAAGCUGCUGCUGCUGA